AUGAAUCAAGAAGAACAAGAUAUCGGUAUUAUUCGUAAGGAGGACAAUAUUGAAUAUCUCACCAAGCUAGAUGAAGAAAUAGGUGACGAUGGAGAGUCCACUAUAGAAGAAGAACAUGAAGAACAUGAAGAACAUCGAAUGAAUGGUGGUUAUUCAUGGGUGAUUCUUUGUUGUACAUUUUCAUUAACAGCAGCAUCUUGGGGGAAUAAUUCUGGUUAUGGGAUUUAUUUUUCCUAUUAUAGUAAUAAUCAUGUAUAUCAAGGAGCAAGUACGUUAGAUUAUGCUGCUAUUGGAGGAAUUUUAUUUGGUACUGCUAUAACGUUUGCUCCAUUAAUUAAUUCCUUAACGGGUAAAAUUGGAGUUCGAAAAGCUUUAAUGAUUGGGAAUUUUUUUCAAUUUAUUUCAUUAUUCUUAACAAGUUUUGAUUCUCAUCAUCAAUUAUGGCAACCUUAUAUCACUCAAGGUGUUUUACAAUCUAUUGGAUUAGCAUUUUUAGGAUUACCAGCUUUCACAAUCUUACCUCAUUGGUUCACCAAUCGAGGAAGUAAAGAACAUUAUCGAAUUUCAGAUCGAAUGUUAACUUUAUCUCAAGGUAUUUCAACGGCAGGAUGUGGGGCAGGAGGGAUCUUAUUUAAUUUAGGGAUGCAAAAAGUUUUGGAAGUUCAUGGUGAAAGAUGGGCUUUACGGGUUCAAUCAUUCAUAUCCAUUGUAUUAGUUACUGUUCCUAUUAUAUUCUUAAAAGAACGUCAUGCUAAAAAUGUUAAAAUUGCAUUCACGAUUUAUAAUAGUGAAAUUCUUAAAUUUGCAGGAUUUUGGGGGAUUGUUUGUUAUGUAGUAUUUUCUAUGCUUGGAUAUGUGGUUACGUUAUAUAGUUUAUCAGAUUGGACUAUUUCAUUAGGAUAUACUGCAUAUCAAGGAUCAAUUACUUCAUCUAUGAUAUCAAUUGGGAUGAUUGUUGGAAGACCAACGAUUGGAUUAUUAGCCGAUAGAUUUGGAGCAUUCACCGUGGCCACUAUUAUUUAUUUCAUAAGUGCAGUAUUUGUAUUAACAUUAUGGAUGAUUGGAAAAGAUUUAGCUACUGCUAUGACAUUUGCAUUUUUUAUGGGAGCUAUUAGUGGAACAUUUUUCCCAACUUUCACUACUAUAUGUUUAAAUGUAUUAGGAUUUAGAUUAGGGAAAUUAAAUGUUACGUUUUAUAUGCUGUGGGUAUUUUUAGGUAUUUCAGCUAUAUUUUCCCCUAUUAUAGGUAUUUCAUUAAAGAGAAAUGAUCCUGGAUUAUCAGGAGCAGAUCAAUAUCGUUAUUGUGCUGUAUUUGUGGGAGUAUCCUUUACAUUAAAUUUCAUAACUCUUAUAAUUUUAAGAGGAUAUGUUAUAUCUACUCGAAAUAUGACAUCAUUAAAAAUGUCUGAUACAGAAUAUUUUAAGACAAGACCUAAUAUAGUAGAUAUAUUUAAGAAUAGUGUUAAAUUCAGGGGUGAAGGAUGGUUAUAA